AUGACCCCGCCAAAUACAUGGGAUUUGCCAGUCGCACCACAGAGAGAUGACGGGUCCAAUGCACUUUUCUCUGUUGGCCAUAAGCGCAAAUCAUUGCAGCACGAUGAACAACAAUCCGACAACGAUCAAUGUCCACCGUUCAAGCGAUGUCGUACUUCUAAACCAUCUCUCCUUGACAAAAGAGACCCAAAUGAAGUCGGAAAGUAUCAACCGGAAAAGGUUGUCGAGGCUCAAUCACUUGAAGCAUGGAUCCGGACCGGCUCGUGGCCCGCUCAAAUCUCGAGACAUGUCAAUCAAUCCGGGGAAGUUCCUGGAGAUCCACCACCUUCUGACCAAGGACGACGGCAACCCUCACAUCAUAUCUUGCCGCAUAGCCCGAGGCGCCCUACUAGCGAAGGCAUAUCACCCAAGUCCCGACCCAUCAGACCAUGCCGCGUCCGACGACCUGGACAACCCGCGGUUGGACACGAUACUGGCGAAGCAUGGGCAUUACCCGCGGACGGCAUCGAACCAGGACUGUUGUACCGGUCUGAAAAGGUUAGUACACCACGGCCUGAAAUUCUAGCCCGCAUCUCAUGGCGUGUACCUCGACCUGCUUUAUCCAUUACAUCGGAUACCGAAUCCAGCUCUGCAACAGAAACCAGCCUGACCUCUUGUACGACGUUAUGGGACUCGGACUUUACACUUCUGGACCAUGAGGGCACGAUCCUGCAACCCGAGAGUCUCUCGCUGGCCGAUUAG